AUGGCCGAAGAUCAAGGAAAUCCAGAGCACCUGGCCUUUGAGUACGAUCAAGAGCCAGGACGAGAUCACGAGCAGCCAAGACCGAACCUGCCACCCGAGCGAACAAUGCGAGAAUACCGAACUCCAGCUAUGAAUGAGAACUAUUCGGGAAUCAGGAAACCGACGAUAGCCGCAAAUAACUUCGAGCUGAAGACGGGGCUAAUCAACAUGGUCAUGGCGAACCAAUUCUCCGGAGCAGCCACUGCGGAUCCGAAUCUCCAUCUUGCCAAUUUUUUGGAAAUUUGUGACACGAUCAAAGUUAACGGCGUUUCUGAUGAUGCCAUUCGGUUGAAGCUAUUCUCAUUUUCUGUCAGAGACAAAGCGAAGAGUUGGCUUCUGAGUCUUAAUCCAGGAUCACUCACCUGUUGGGAAGAAUUAUCACAAGCCUUUCUGGCACGAUUCUUUCCACCCUCAAAGACCGCACAACUACGAAGAGAUGUAGGCAAUUUCAGACAGAUGAGCCAAGAGCCGAUGCACGAGUCUUGGGAGAGAUUCAAAGACUUAUUACGACAAUGCCCUCAACACGGAUUCAACCCGUGGGAUCAAAUGGAGUUAUUCUACAAUGGGCUCGAUCAGCCAGCCCGAUCUCUAGUCGAUGCAGCCUCAGGUGGAUCAUUGCAAAACAAGACUCCCACAGACGCUCGAGACAUUGUCGAGCGAAUGUGUGAAAAUGCUUACCAUUGGCCGUCCGAACGGAGUGGUAUACAAAAGGUGGCCGGAGUCCACCAACUCGAUCCUUUAGCCGCAGUUUCAGCACAAUUAGCGAUCCUAUCAAAUCAGGUCGCCCAAAUUUCAGUUCGAGGGCCACAGACCGAACGAGUAGCAGCAGCAAGUACCUCGCAAGCCACAAACGACGAUUGGGAGCAGGCACACUUUAUGAACCACCGAUUCAACAAUUUCCGAGGAACCAACAAUCAGAACCAAAACCCUACUCAUUACCACCCGGGAAUUCGGAACCACGAGAACUUCUCCUAUGCCAAUCCGAAAAAUGCUCUACAACCACCUCUCGAUUUCAACCAUCAAAGAGAGCAACGAGGGACAACGUAUGACGAUCGUCUUCACCGACAAGAACAGGAAAUGGAGGGCCUGAAAUCAACAAUGAAGAACAUGGAAAAGCAAAUAGGGCAAAUCGCCCAAUCCAUGUCCACAAUGGCCAAGGGUGGAUUUCCGAGCAAUACCGAAGUCAAUCCAAAGGAAAGCUGUCAAGCCAUAACCACCCGAAGUGGUUUGCAAAUGACCGAUCCUCCUUAUCCAACAGACGAGUCACCAAGACCAGCUGUUCAAUCGACCCCGGUCGAGCCGGAAAUUACCAUCUCAGGGAGUAAUACAAAAGAGGCUAGUAAGCCCAAUAACAUUUCUUUUCCUGAUAAUCCUCCUCUUAUGAUAACUCCCAUUCCUUUUCCAGAAAGACAGAAGAAGAAGAAGUUCAAGGAUCAAUUGAAGAAGUUCAUUGAAAAGAUCAAGCAGAUUCGAAUCAACAUCCCUUUUGCAGAAGCCUUGGAGGUAAUGCCAAACUACACCAAGUUCAUGAGGGAAGUCCUAUCCAAGAAAAUUCGAAUCGAAGAAGACACACCAGUGACACUCACGGCAACUUGCAGUGCCAUUCUUCAGUCGAAUCUACCACCAAAAAUGAAAGAUCCAGGGAGUUACACUAUUCCUUGUAUUAUUGGCAAUUCUACUUUCGAUAAAGCUUUAUGUGAUCUGGGGGCAACUAGCUGA